AUGGUUUCUGCCCCCUUUCAGAGCCUGAUCUCUUCCUACAUAUAUAAGAUCUACAAAGGAAUGUUUACAAAGAAAUUGGGAAAUAGUACAAAGAAAAGAGAGAGUUGUCAAAGCAAAAAGGAACAAGACAUCUCCCACGCUGGACAGAUAAAGAAUCCCAAACUCUCCAACACUCUGAAAAGCAAAGUGAAAAAGGUUACCAAGUGCUCCUCUUCUCGCAAUUUGUCAACAGAAGAGGAAGGACCCAACCAGGAGUUUUCUCUGUCUCCAACAUUCAGCUAUCGGGUAGCAAUUGCAAAUGGACUACAGAAGGGUGUUUUCCUAACCCAAAAGAAUGAGGAUCCGUUUCAAGAGCCGUCUUCCAAUGAGAGCUCAUAUUCAGAGUCCUUAAGUGAAGUCAAAGGCCUGACUAGGAGCAAAGAGCUUUCGUUGCACACUAUGCCUGUGAGGCGGAACAGGAAGAGCUCGAGUAGCCUUGCCCCUUCCGAUGGCAGCUCUGAUGGGGAGCGCACCUUGCACAGUCUGAAGCUUGGUGCAUUACGGAAGCUGCGCAAAUGGAAGAAGAGCCAGGAAUGUGUCUCCUCAGACUCAGAACUCAGCACAUGGAGGAAGACCUGGGGCCUGCGGAGCAAGUCUCUGGACCGGACUGCUCGCCCACCUAAGUCCAACACCCUUGAGCCAAGCUUCAGUUCAACAGGUUGCAUCAGUCAAACCCACGAUGUCAUGGAAAUGAUCUUUAAGGAACUUCAAGGCAUCAGCCAGAUCGAAACAGAGCUCUCUGAACUGCGGGGACAUGUCAAUGCCCUGAAGCAGUCCAUUGAUGAAAUUUCGAGCAGUGUGGAAGUGGUGCAGAGUGAGAUUGAGCAGUUGCGGACGGGAUUUGUACAGUCCAGGAGGGAAACCCGUGACAUCCAUGACUAUAUCAAACAAAUUGGGCACACGGGGAGCAAAGCCAGCCUCAGAUUUUUAAAUGUGCCAGAGGAGAAGUUUGAAAAUACCGAACGAGUGGUAUACAGAACAUUAAUAGAGAAAAUGGGGUUCUCGGAGACACAGAAUUUGGUCAAAAUUGACUUUGCGCACCGUGUGGGCCAGCACAGGGAAUGCCCCAAUGCCAAGCCCAGGCCUGUCCUGGUUUAUUUUGAGACCCCGCAGCAACGAGAUUUAGUUUUGAAAAAAUCUUACAAGCUGAAAGGAACUGGCAUUGGGAUUUCAACGGAUAUUCUCUCUUCUCAUGACACACGGGAACGGAAAGAACGGGGCCUGCCUUCUUCGCAGACCUAUGAGAGCAUGGACAUGAAACUGCCAGCAAUCGAUCUGAAAGCUAAAAGACAUGGCUGGGAAUCACCUGACAGCAGUGACAAAGAACUGGAAUCAGAUAUAAAUCGGAACAGUUAUGCAAAGAUAUCCAAAUCGGCCCCUCAAAUGAAAAGAAAUCUUGCCAAAGCAAGAGAGGAACCAGCAGCCCCUUGUCCCCCGCAAGGAGCUGCAGACGGUGCCCAUUUCCCCAGGGAGACCACAUGUAAGGAAGAGUCUUCAGGAACAGAGGGCCUGCAGAACGUGCCCAGGGCAGGCCGCCACUCGAGCAUUCCCCCUCUCUGGCAGUCGCAGAAUGACUUCACGGCUCUCAAGCUCAGCCGGUCAGAAUCAGAUUUCUCUAAACUCUGCCAGUCGUAUUCUGAAGAUUUUUCAGAGACUCAGUACUUCAGCAGAACCAAUGGCAGCUCGCUCUUAUCUUCCUCUGAUAGAGAGCUCUGGCAGAGGACGCACGAGGACCCGUCCAGCUGGUGUGGGGGUUCUCAAGACCAGACCUUUGAGGACAGUCACCCUUAUGCAGCGGAGAAUGAAGCAGAGAACACCGAAACGGUGGACAGCGGGGUCAGCAAUGGGGCACUGUGUGUGUCUGCAGACAGGAGUCACUACAGCAACUCUCAGGUCUCCUUGGAGGACGACCUUUCUCCAUGGAAAGACUGGAAUCAGCUGGAACCAAGCACAGGCCUGGGGUUAGAUUCGUCAGCACAAGACAUUUUGGCUUAUGAUUUGAGCAGCUCUUCUGAUCAGCAGACAGACUAUGGCCAACAGAUGGAUCUCUCAGAUGUCCAGUAUGAUGCAGAGAAUUACGAUUUCGCUCUGGAGGGCAGCUCUCCUUCUGGUGUGGGGCUCAGCAGUGAAACGCAGGGCCAGUGGGUUGGCCCGUAUGAUGACUAUCAGGAGACAAAUGACAACACUCUGUAUCAGAACCAGGACCGAAAGUCCAUGCUGUACCGGAGCCAAAGUGAGCUGCCAGGAAAUGACUUUGAGGAAGCACCUCCAAAAUCCUGGCACAGCAGGCUGAGCAUUGACCUUUCAGACAAGACAUUCAGCUUCCCCAAAUUUGGGAAUACCCUACAGAGGGCAAGGUCAGCCUUGGAAGUGGUGUGGAAUAAAAGCACGCAGAGUUUAAGUGGGUAUGAGGACAGUGGGUCAUCUUUUAUGGGGAGAUUUCGGACUUUGUCCCAGUCAACUGCUAAUGGAUCAAGCACAACUCUGGAUUCUGAUGUUUACACAGAGCCUUAUUAUUACAAAGCUGAGGAUGAGGAUGGCUACAGUGAGCCUAUUGGCGAGAAUGAGACAGAUUACGUGGAAGUCAUGGAACAAGUUCUUGCAAAACUGGAAAACCGAACUAGUACCAAUGAAUCAGAAGAACUGGCCCAGGACUAUGGUCCAGAGCAGACUCCAUAUGAGAGCCCUUGUACUGUUUCACAGGAGCAUUCCCCCAAUGGAUGUUUUGAUAAUUCCUUGUUGAGUGAAGAUGUGUUGGAAUUGGUGGAUGAUACAGUUGAUGAAGCAGUCGAAGUAUGUGAAGAUGAAAAUCAGAAUAUCCCAGAACUCCCUGUUCAAGCACCCAUGAAAACAAAGAUCCGGCCAUCAUUUAAAGAAGCCGCUCUGAAGGCAUACAAGAAACAGAUGAGCGAACUGGAGGAGAAGAUCCUUGCUGGAGAUAGCAGCUCUGUGGAUGAAAAGGCUCGCAUUGUGAGUGGGGGUCCUUUGGAGGCUUCCAAGCUUGCCAUCCAGGCUUUUGCAGGCCCGAGUAAUGCUCUGUACGGUAUUGACAGCAUGCCGGACUUGCGCCGGAAGAAGACUCUUCCUAUUGUUCGGGAUGUGGCCAUGGCUCUGGCCGCUCGGAAGUCUGGGAUCUCACUGGCCAUGCUCAUCCGGACAUCUGUGAAUAACGAGGAGAUGAAAAUGCAUGUCUUCAAGAAGACCCUGCAGGCCCUCAUCUACCCCAUCUCCUCCACCACCCCGCACUGUUUCGACGUGUGGACGGCCACGGCCCCCACCUACUGCUACGAGUGUGAGGGCCUCCUCUGGGGCAUCGCCAGGCAAGGCAUGAGGUGCACCGAGUGCGGGGUCAAGUGCCACGAGAAGUGCCAGGACCUGCUCAACGCCGACUGCUUGCAACGAGCAGCAGAAAAGAGCUCCAAGCAUGGUGCAGAAGAUAAGACCCAGAAUAUUAUUACAGCAAUGAAGGAGCAAAUGAAGAUCCGAGAGAGAAACAGACCGGAGAUCUUUGAGCUGAUCCAGGAAAUGUUCCAGAUCCCCAAGGAGGACUUCAUACAGCACACAAAGGCAGCCAAACAAAGUGUCCUGGAUGGGACUUCCAAAUGGUCAGCAAAAAUAACCAUCACAGUGGUGUGUGCUCAGGGGCUGCAAGCAAAGGACAAAACGGGCUCCAGCGAUCCGUACGUCACUGUGCAAGUUGGCAAAACCAAAAGGAGAACGAAGACUGUCUUUGGAAACCUGAAUCCAACUUGGGAUGAGAAAUUUUAUUUUGAAUGCCACAACUCAACAGACAGAAUAAAAGUCAGAGUUUGGGACGAAGAUGACGACAUCAAAUCUCGAGUGAAACAGCACUUCAAAAAGGAAUCGGACGACUUCUUGGGACAGACCAUCAUCGAAGUGCAAACCCUGAGUGGAGAAAUGGAUGUCUGGUACAACCUCGACAAGCGAACGGAUAAGUCUGCAGUGUCCGGGGCCAUCCGGUUGAAGCUCAGCGUGGAAAUCAAAGGGGAAGAGAAGGUGGCACCCUACCAUCUGCAGUACACCUGCUUGCACGAGAACCUCUUCCAUUACUUGACGGAGGUAAAAUCCGGUGGGACGGUGCAGAUUCCCACCAUCAAGGGCGACGAGGCCUGGAAGGUCUACUUCGACGAUGCUGCGCAAGAGAUCGUGGACGAAUUUGCAAUGCGCUACGGCAUCGAGCAUAUCUACCAAGCAAUGACGCACUUCUCCUGCCUGUCCUCGAAGUACAUGUGCCCCGGUGUCCCGGCAGUCAUGAGCACCUUGCUGGCCAACAUCAACGCCUUCUAUGCCCACACCACGGCCACCACGAACGUGUCUGCCUCGGAUCGAUUUGCUGCUACCAACUUUGGGAGGGAAAAAUUCAUAAAGCUGCUGGAUCAGCUGCACAAUUCGCUGAGGAUCGACCUCUCGAAAUACAGGGAAAAUUUCCCUGCCAGCAAUCCUGAGAGGCUCCAAGACCUGAAAUCAACCGUGGACCUGCUAACAAGCAUUACAUUUUUCCGCAUGAAGGUGCUGGAGCUGCAGAGCCCUCCCCGCGCCAGCGUGGUGGUGAAAGACUGCGUCCGAGCCUGCCUGGACGCCACAUACAAGUACAUUUUUGACAACUGCUAUGAGCUCUACUCGCAGCUAAUAGACCAGAGUAAAAAGCAAGAUUUCCCCCGGGAGGAGCAGGGUCCAACCACCAAGAACCUGGACUUCUGGACACAGCUGAUCACCCUCAUGGUUACCAUCAUCGACGAGGACAGGACUGUCUACACCCCCGUCUUGAACCAGUUCCCCCAGGAGCUGGAUAUGGGCAAAGUCAGUGCUGAGCUCACCUGGACCCUCUUCGCACAGGACAUGAAAUACGCCCUGGAAGAGCAUGAAAAGCAACGGUUAUGCAAGAGCACAGAUUACAUGAAUUUGCACUUCAAAGUGAAAUGGUUUUAUAAUGAAUAUGUGCGAGAGCUCGCCUCAUUCAAAGAUGCAGUGCCUGAGUACUCUCUAUGGUUCGAGCCUUUUGUCAUGCAGUGGCUGGAUGAGAAUGAGGACGUCUCCAUGGAGUUCCUCCACGCUGCCCUCGAAAGAGACAAGAAAGAUGGGUUCCAGCAAACAUCCGACCAUGCGCUCUUUUCCUGCUCUGUGGUGGACGUCUUCACGCAGCUGAACCAGAGUUUUGAGAUCAUAAAGAAGCUGGAGUGCCCGAAUCCCGAGGCACUGUCACACCUCAUGAGGAGGUUCGCCAAGACGAUCCAUAAAGUGCUCACUCAGUAUGCUGCUAUCAUAACAAAUGAUUUCAGCUCUUACUGUGAUAAGGAGAAUGUGCCCUGCAUCCUGAUGAACAACAUCCAGCAGCUGCGAGUCCAGCUCGAGAAGAUGUUCGAAGCCAUGGGGGGGAAAGAGCUGGACCCAGAGGCCAGUGGAGUCCUGAAGGAGCUGCAGGCCAAGCUCGGUGGCGUCCUGGAUGAGCUCAGCGUGACGUACAGCGCCAGCUUCCAGGCGGUGAUCGAGGAGUGCGUGCGGCAGAUGGGGGCCGAGCUGAGCCAGCGGAGGGGCAGCGGAGCAGCCGCCGAGCAGAGCAGCAGCGUGAUGGAUGCGGAGCUGGUGCUGCGGCCCCUGAUGGAUGUCCUCGAUAAGACCUUAAGUGUCUCUGCCAAAAUAUGCGAGAAGACCGUCCUGAAGCGGCUCUUGAAAGAACUUUGGAAGCUGGUCCUGAACAAACUGGAGAAGCAGAUUGUGCUCCCGCCGCUGACGGAGCCGGCGGGCGGCCCCAUGCUCCUCAGUGCGGCCAAGGAUUUUGGCCAGUUGUCCAAGCUGAAGGACCACGUCAUCCGAGAAGAGAACAAGAGCCUGACGCUGAGGCAGUGUGCGAUUAUGGAAGUGGUCCUGGCCACCAUCAAGCAAUACUUCCACGCGGGAGGAAACGGGCUGAAGAAGAACUUCCUGGAGAAGAGCCCAGACCUGCAGUCUCUCAAAUAUGCACUGAACCUUUACACGCAGACAACAGAUGUCCUGAUCCGGAAAUUCAUUGACACCCAGACGUCGCAGAGCCAGGUGACCAGCAGCGCCGUUGGGGAGCUCAACCUUCAGGUGGACCUCACAACCCACCCUGGGACCGGUGAGCAGAGGGUCACAGUGAAAGUGGUCGCCAUCAACAAGCUCAGCUGGCAGACCAGCGCCAUGUUCCGGCCCUUCGUGGAGGUCUGCCUUCUGGGGCCCAGCCUUGGGGACAGAAGGCGGAAGCACGGCACCAAGACCAAGAGCAAUACCUGGUCUCCCAAGUACAACGAGACCUUCCAGUUCCUCCUGCGCCCCGAGGAAAACCCCGGGGCCUACGAGCUGCACCUCUCCGUCAAGGACUACUGCUUUGCCCGGGAGGACCGCCUCAUCGGCAUGGCCGUGAUCCAGCUGCGCAGCCUGGCGGAGCGAGGGACCUGCACAGGGUGGCACCCGCUGCUGCGGAGCAUCUCCGUGGACGAGACGGGACUGACGAUUCUCCGGAUCCUUUCUCAGAGGACCAAUGACGACGUGGCAAAAGAGUUCGUCCGGCUCAAAUCGGAGACCCGAUCUGUUGAGGAGACCACCUAA